GUCACCGCCGAGCGUCGUUUACGGAUCCGAAAACUCAACUCUCGCCUGUCAGAGUGUGCAGGGAAAGAGGCUGGAAAACAACAAAAGAAGGCUGUUCACAUGAUCCAGGAGAGCGAGGAGAUGGUGAGGAGGAGGGAGGUGGGCUGUCAGUGGGAGAGUCCACAGGAGGAGAGGAGGGAGGUGGGCUGUCAGAGUGACUCAGCAGACAGAAGAGAUGCUGCCGUCCAGGUGGACCUGCUGACUCAGCAGCUCAGCUGGAGACACACAGGUGUGUGCGGUGCGGCGUGGCGCUGUGUUUCUGUCCGGGCAGAUGAACCAGGAGGGGGCGCUCUGCUGCAGCACUGCAGCACAGACGGGACACACACGCUGGACACAGGGCAACAGCAGACACACCACAGCCCCCCACUCUACCUGCUCUGCUGCCCACUCACACACUCAUCACCACUACCCACGAUGCCUCAGCUCGGACCACCUGCGCCUCCUGAUCUGCAUCGUUCCAAGGAGCUCACCAUGUUACCCAGCAUGCCUCUGUGUGGAGUGUCCCCCACUGCAGGAGAGAGGAGUGAUGCUUCUCCUCUGACUGCUGCAGGAGUCUCUGUUCCUCCUCCUGGACUCAUUGCUCCUCUGAGCCCCCGCCUGGCCGAAGAGGAGGAUGAAGAAGGCUCGCUGUUUCAACAUGAGGAGGAUGAGAGUUUCCAUGGUAACAGACAGCCCACAGGGAUGACAGAGAAGAAGAGGAGGAGGCAGAGAAGGAAGAUGGUCGGUCCACCAAUCAGAUACCUCCUGGAGUCAGAGGAGCAGUCACAUGUUCUGCUAACAGCCAAUCAGGACAGAGCGAGGGGACCAAAGAAAAGAGGAAGACCAAAAAAGGUCACGACUGACAGCAAGACUGGGGGCGGGGCUUCAGAGGUGACUGAGAGACAGACAGGUGAUAUGAACAUGGAGAGACAGACAGGUGACAGGGACACGGAGAGACAGACAGGUGACAGGGACACGGAGAGACAGGCAGGUGACAGGGACACAGAGAGACAGACAAGUGACAGGGACACAGAGAGACAGGCAGGUGACAUGGACACGGAGAGACAGACAGGUGACAGGGACACAGAGAGACAGGCAGGUGACACAGACAUAGAGCGACAGACAGGUGACAGGGACACAGAGAGACAGACAAGUGACAGGGACACGGAGAGACAGGCAGGUGACAUGGACACGGAGAGACAGACAGGUGACAGGGACACAGAGAGACAGACAAGUGACAGGGACACAGAGAGACAGACAGGUUACAGGGACACAGAGAGACAGACAAGUGACAGGGACACAGAGAGACAGGCAGGUGACACAGACAUAGAGCGACAGACAGGUGACAGGGACACAGAGAGACAGACAGGUUACAGGGACACAGAGAGACAGACAAGUGACACAGACACAGAGAGACAGACAAGUGACACAGACACAGAGAGACAGGCAGGUGACAUGGACACAGAGAGACAGACAGGUGACAGGGACACGGCUCCUGAUUGGUCCAGACGCAGAAAGCGUGUGCGCAGAAAUCCCCGGUGGUGGAUUGACUACCGAACCCCGGAAAGGAGGUGGCAGGAGAAAGAUGGAGUGAGGGAGAGGAAAAGAAAGAGGUGUCGAGAGGAGGAGGAGGAGGAGGUGAAACGAGGCUGUGUGAAGGAGGUGGGAGGAGGAGAGGAGAGACAGCAAGGAGGCAAGGAAGGACAGUGGAGAAGAGAUGGAGGAGGAGAAAAGAAGGUGAUGCGGCAGCCUCAGAGAGAGAGAGAGAGAAGGAAGAUGGUCGGUCCACCAAUCAGAUACCUCCUGGAGUCAGAGGAGCAGUCACAUGUUCUGCUAACAGCCAAUCAGGACAGAGCGAGGGGACCAAAGAAAAGAGGAAGACCAAAAAAGGUCACGACUGACAGCAAGACUGGGGGCGGGUCUUCAGAGAUGACUGAGAGACAGACAGGUGAUAUGAACAUGGAGAGACAGACAAGUGACAGGAAGACGGAGAGACAGACAGGUUACAUGGACACAGAGAGACAGACAGGUGACAGGGACACGGAGAGACAGACAGGUGACAGGGACACGGAGAGACAGACAGGUGACAUGGACACGGAGAGACAGGCAGGUGACAUGGACACAGAAAGACAGACAGGUGACAGGGACACGGAGAGACAGACGGGUGACAGGGACACGGAGAGACAGACAGGUGACAUGGACACGGAGAGACAGGCAGGUGACAUGGACACGGAAAGACAGACAGGUGACAGGGACACGGAGAGACAGACAGGUGACAGGGACACGGAGAGACAGACAGGUGACAUGGACACGGAGAGACAGGCAGGUGACAUGGACACAGAAAGACAGACAGGUGACAGGGACACGGAGAGACAGACGGGUGACAGGGACACGGAGAGACAGACAGGUGACAUGGACACGGAGAGACAGGCAGGUGACAUGGACACGGAAAGACAGACAGGUGACAGGGACACGGAAAGACAGACAGGUGACAGGGACACGGAGAGACAGACAGGUGACAGGGACACGGAAAGACAGACAGGUGACAGGGACACGGAGAGACAGACAGGUGACAGGGACACAGAGAGACAGACGGGUGACAGGGACACGGAGAGACAGACGGGUGACAGGGACACAGAAAGACAGACAGGUGACAGGGACACGGAGAGACAGACAGGUGAGAGGGACACGGAGAGACACGCAGGUGACAUGGACACAGAGAGACAGACAGGUGACAGGGACACAGAGAGACAGACGGGUGACAGGGACACGGAGAGACAGACAGGUGACAUGGACACGGACAGACAGACAGGUGACAGGGACACAGAGAGACAGACGGGUGACAGGGACACGGAGAGACAGACAGGUGACAGGGACACAGAAAGACAGACAGGUGACAGGGACACGGAGAGACAGACGGGUGACAGGGACACGGAAAGACAGACAGGUGACAGGGACACGGAGAGACAGACGGGUGACAGGGACACGGAGAGACAGACAGGUGACAUAGACACGGAGAGACAGACAGGUGAGAGGGACACGGAGAGACAGACAGGUGACAGGGACACAGAGAGACGGACGGGUGACAGGGACACAGAGAGACAGACAAGUGACAGGGACACAGAGAGACAGACAGGUGACAUGGACACGGAGAGACAGACAGGUGAGAGGGACACGGAGAGACAGACAGGUGACAUGGACACGGAGAGACAGACAGGUGACAGGGACACGGAGAGAAAGGCAGGCGACAUGGACACGGAGAGACAGGCAGGUGACAUGGACACGGACAGACAGACAGGUGACAGGGACACGGAGAGACAGACGGGUGACAGGGACACGGAGAGACAGACAGGUGACAGGGACACGGACAGACAGACAGGUGACAGGGACACGGAGAGACAGACAGGUGACAUGGACACAGAGAGACAGACAGGUGACAGGGACACAGAGAGACAGACAAGUGACAGGGACACGGAGAGACAGACGGGUGACAGGGACACAGAGAGACAGGCAGGUGACAUGGACACAGAGAGACAGGCAGGUGACAGGGACACAGAGAGACAGGCAGGUGACAUGGACACAGAGAGACAGACAGGUGACAGGGACACAGAGAGACAGACAGGUGACACAGACACAGAGAGACAGGCAGGUGACAUGGACACAGAGAGACAGACAGGUGACAGGGACACAGAGAGACAGACAGGUGACAUGGACACAGAGAGACAGACAGGUGACAGGGACACAGAGAGACAGACAGGUGACACAGACACAGAGAGACAGGCAGGUGACAUGGACACAGAGAGACAGACAGGUGACACAGACACAGAGAGACAGGCAGGUGACAGGGACACAGAGAGACAGACAGGUGACAGGGACACGGCUCCUGAUUGGUCCAGACGCAGAAAGCGUGUGCGCAGAAAUCCCCGGUGGUGGAUUGACUACCGAACCCCGGAAAGGAGGUGGCAGGAGAAAGAUGGAGUGAGGGAGAGGAAAAGAAAGAGGUGUCGAGAGGAGGAGGAGGAGGAGGAGGAGGAGGUGAAACGAGGCUGUGUGAAGGAGGUGGGAGGAGGAGAGGAGAGACAGCAAGGAGGCAAGGAAGGACAGUGGAGAAGAGCUGGAGGAGGAGAAAAGGAGGUGAUGCGGCAGCCUCAGAGAGAGAGAGAGAGAAGGAAGACGGUCGGUCCACCAAUCAGAUACCUCCUGGAGUCAGAGGAGCAGUCACAUGUUCUGCUAACAGCCAAUCAGGACAGAGCGAGGGGACCAAAGAAAAGAGGAAGACCAAAAAAGGUCACGACUGACAGCAAGACUGGGGGCGGGGCUUCAGAAGUGACUGAGAGACAGACAGGUGACAUGGACACGGAGAGACAGACAGGUGACAUGGACACGGAGAGACAGACAGGUGACAGGGACAUGGAGAGACAGACAGGUGACAGGGACACGGAGAGACAGGCAGGUGACAGGGACACGGAAAGACAGACAGGUGACAGGGACACAGACAGACCCACAUGUUUGUGGACCUACCUGAUGUACAGAGACCUGCAGAGCGGUCAGGUGACCAUCAUCUCCCCCUGCUAUGUCAGACUGCAGAGUGUCCUCUGAUUGGUUGAUGAUUUGAUGGACAGGUGAGACCGGAAACAUGGACACAGAGAGACAGACAGGUGUUGACACAGUUUAAAGGAGCACAGACUCAAUGUAUGUUGUUGUCAUGAUGUGUCAUAUGAUGCUCCGCUGUCACUCUCACUCAGCUGUGACUGAUCAGUAUUGAUCAGUAUGUAUUGAUUAAUAAAGUGAGACUGUUUCUUA